GUUUAAAGGGACUAUCCGGAUAGUUUUUCCUCAAAAUGGGCAGUGCUGGUGCUGCUCUCCUCCUAUCCAUUCUGCUGCAAUGCGCCAGUGUAUUCGCAGUCAAAGUUUCCUAUACGUGCCAUGAGACGACAGUUGCAGAUAAGGAGUUCCGGUUGAACUUCCGGUUGGAUCCAGAAAGCAACACCGAUAUCACUGGUGUUAAGACUUACGUAUCACCUACCGUGCUAACUAGCCCAGAGUGUUCGGCAACGUUAAGUGGCGGAAUAUACGAGCUCAGCACCACCAUAGACGUAGGCACAUCCGAAUGUGGUGCUACAUUAGACAGCGGUACGGUCUACAAAAUGUUAGUUCGCGCUGAAGGGACGGUAAAUUACUACGAGAUACAGUGUGAUACGUCUAGCCUUCUGAAAAGUACGGUUAAAACAUCGGAGUUUCAAACAUCAGCGGUGAAGUCAAACUACAUGCACCGACCAAAUCCAACUGAUGUGAAAUUCCAAGUUGUUGAAGCUGAUGGCAGUUACGUUCCUACGAGUAAUGUGUACGAAGGCCAGGAUAUCAAACUGAGGCUUAUCUACAACAAAGGAGCAAUAGAAUAUGGUCCUCAAAAUCUCGGGUAUGUUUUUCAUACGGGGUCCACCCCGCACUUCGGAGAGACAGAAUUGAUCAUCCAGAUAAUGACACCUGGUCUGGGGACGGAAGUGAAAAUUGAGGGUCAACUUGAUGGAAAUGAGUUCAUCUAUUACUCGAAAGUGAAACGGGAUAGCGCGGUGGAGAUAACAAUACCAAACGAAUAUUAUGGCCCCGGCAAUGGAGCUGGAAAGUCAAACUGGAAAAUUGUGGGUAAAGCCAUCAAAAUAACAGCUCUACACGAUCGAAUAGGAGUCAAGGUCAUUUCAAGGGCGAUCGGAUCCUUUACCGAGAGAUCGUUCAUAGCUAUACCCGACGACGCUGUUUCGCAUGAAAGCACUUAUGAAUACACUCUCCACAAUAUCGAUGCUGUAACUGCUCAAGUUAUAGCAAUACCAUUUGGAUCAAGUACGAUUAAUGUUGCGUUUAACGACUACGAUGCUGCAGCCGACGGCGUUAAAAUAGAUGGAACCGCUGUAGUUUCUGGAUCUACCAAUGAAAAUGUUAUGCUGUCGGAAUAUGAUGUUUUUGAAUUGAGAUGUGGCCCUACCGCUGAGUGUGCAAAUAUUCAUUUGACAUCAAGUGAACCGUUUGUUGUUUUGGUUACUCGGGCUACUGGGACUUUUUCUAGCUAUGACGAAGACCUUGCGACUAUGCUCCUCCCAAGCCACAACAGUGCAGAACGCUACGUUCUCUUCUACCCGCCUAGUUUUGAUAACUCCUAUACCAUGGUUGACCCAGUGGACGACCAGAGAGUUAGCUUUCUUACACCAGGUGGUCUUGAACAAAAAGGCGGGAGCACUGAAAAUUACAAUUAUUUUGAUAAAAAGAGGAGUCAGUUUAGUGGAUUUACGGGGGAUGCUUUUGAAAUCAUGUCCGAUAAUCCAAUAGCUGUAUAUGGAGUUUUUCCAGACAAUGAUCCUGCAACCACUCAGGAUAGAGCAACCUUCACUCUUCCGUCAAUCUCUCAGUGGGGUGUUCGCCAGUAUUUCUACGCUACUGAAGGGAGAAAAUACGACCUAUAUUUUGUAGCGUACAAAACCGACAUGGCAGAAAUAAAGUUGAAACUAGGGACCAUAACAACAAGUUUUACUGGACCAUCGUUGGGGGACGCAGCAAGCUUUUCCACUAAUCGGGCGGACGUCCCAAGAGUUCAAGGUGAAACUGGGGUACGGUUUGAGUACUUUUUUCUGCUUGACUUUGAGGUGGAGGACACCGAUGCGUUUGCCACUGAAUCGGGUCUGGUUGAAUUUCGAUCAAGACGACCUUUCAUGUUGAUGAUUAUUGAGAAAGCCGCGGACGGCACAAUGAGGCAAGCGUAUUCGCCAUGGGGUGUUAGGUACCCUACAACGAAUCUUUGUACGCCGACUACGAGUGAUCACACUUUUUCGCCUGCAUUCGGUGCCUCUUUUAGCACAAAACCUGGUGAUCUCCUGGAUAACGAUUGUGACGGUCUCGUCGAUGAGGAGCUUAACAAUGGAAUAAACGAUGAUGGUGCAAUAAACGGCGACACAAAUGUUGACGAAGAUUUGGCUUUAGGGGAAAUAUAUGAAAGAGGCAUCGAAGUCGAUAAGUUAGUGUUUGAUGUUCUUGGUUCAUUUGAUUCUUCAAACAUGGAGACGGUUAUCAGCGGCGGUUGCAAUACUGAAGCUGAAAUAUUCAGCGGCAUUGGCACCUUCUCCCACAACACCGAUCUGAGUAGUCUGUUUGAUGAUUACUGGGUGCUGGAUUCGGAAACAUUUGACGCUUUCAAGAUCACGUCAGAGUCGGACGUGUAUUUUCAAGUUGAAUACGACGUGUGUUAUGAUGGCGAUUUGGAGACAACUUGCGCUAACCCUACGUGCCGGAAACGUCGGUCAUCGGACAGAAAGAAGGAAGGCUCCGGGAGGAGGGCUAUAACAAGUUUGAAGUUACAUCGGAAUGAUUCGACUGAAAUUAAAGACGCGAUUCGAGAGGAAAAGCCGGAAUAUGAGAAGGAUGACAUCAUCUUUGGACAUCCCUGCUUCUCAAGUGUUGAAUUCUGGACUCGAGUUGGAGGACUAUUGGCUAUCAUUCUGAUGGAAGCAUCAAUAAUUGGUGGAAUGCUGGCUUAUAAACGCCGAGUUUUAAAUAGUUUUAAAUAAAAUGCUCCCAUCAAUUGACAAACAUUCUCCUAUUAUAAAUAAUCAGAUUUGUGUACUCAUUCCAAUAUCUUAGGCAAUUUAGCGACAUUGAAAUGUUUUGUAUUUGUUAACGUUUAGUUUGUCAUGUUAUUUAAGUGGUAUGUUUUAUGAAAAUCUUAUAAUGCAUGAAAGGUUAAUAUUGAGACUUCAUUUACAAUGAGUGAAUUCCUUAUCAAAUUGUCCUUUUAAUUGGAUAAAACACAUCGAAGGAUUUUACAUACUAUUAAUCGAGGUCAGGUUUAACAAAAUCCGGUAAGUUUUGAUGACAUUUUAAUAAAUAAUUGAUUUAUCAUUAAAAAGUUCUGCAUGUUGAAGUGUUGUUUCUUUGUUUCAACAGCUAUUUUGUAAGUUAAAACGAACAUACCUUAUUUUCAAUUUUCUUACAUUCGAUGGCAUUAUUGUUUUAUUCUACUACCGUUGAAACUCUGUUUAAAAGAAGGCAUGCUAUUGUGUUCCUGUUUCUCUGUUACAGUUGCGGUAACACAGUGCUAAAUAAUCUAGUUUUGUCAAAUUAUGUAAA